GGUAGUGCGCCUGCGCCACCAAUAAAGAAGAAGACGAAGAAGAAGAAUUUAAAAGAUGAACAGACACCGAGACAUAAAACUCCACAUAUCUAUCCACAAGGGAUUAUCCACUCCUCCUCUGCAAAAAUGCAAGAAUUGCUGCCAUCCUGCCAAAUUUCAUUGUCCAUUUUGUUUACCGUCUUCCUUCGAACCGACCAACUACUCCAGAGCCAGGCAUCACUUAGACAAGCAUCUAAAGAAAAGCAUUCAUCUUCAAGGGUACACAAUCCACAGAUGCAGGCUGGAGUGCAGGAAUCAACCACACUACCACUGUUUGUACUGCCCAGCCACGCGGAUAAGGAAACAAGAUCUCAACAAGCAUGUGCUACGCUGCCUACAGGAUCUACAGGAGAGAGACCCACAAUCAUCCCAACUACACACCAAAGGAUCAACCUCCCCUGCAAAGGAUGACAUCCUUUCAUGUGACAUAGAAAGCUGCGAUGACGGUGACGAUCUAACCGUCAUCACAGAUCGGGACCACCAACACAGCCGAGGAGCGAGCGGCAGCCAGCGAGUGACUCCUGUCGUUGUCCAAACUGUGCAGACAAACAGUGAAAAGCCGCAGGACUGCGAUGAAUUCUACUUCAUGAACCUUGUGAAAAUGUUCAAAAAGUUGUCCCCGCAGAAAAAGGCAGAGGUCAGGAUGAAAAUCGAGAGACUCCUCUUCGAAGCCGAGUUUGACUAGAAAGGGUUUACACGCACAUCAACAAAUGAGUGUUUCCUGUUUGUUACGUUUUAUUGAAAGAAUUGUAAGAAGUAGAGUUUCAGUAUCUUGCCUUUAAUUUUUCUUUUAUUGCAGACAAAUCCUGGAAUAUUUUUCGUCAGUAUUUUGUUGCUAGCCCACUGCGUCUUCAGUGAAGGUGCAACUGGAUUGUUUACAAGUUCUGAAGCAUUAUUACUGUUACUAGAUGCCUCCUGCGUUUGCAACAAGCAAGCUGUGAUUUGCAAUAUGACAUAAAUUCUUUCACUUGUUAAUUUAAAAGUAUUUCGUUGAUCAAAACAAAUGUCCUGCUUGUGGCCCAUACAUUAGCAUUCAGAAACCUGGUAGCACUCGGAAAUGUUUUUGCUAUUUUUCAGCAACAAUAAUUUGUGAAAAAAUGACGCCACAGUUUGACAUUAGCCUGUAAAGCACUGCUCGCAAAUCACCUCUGUGAAGCUGCUGUUUAAGUAUGAAAUAUGUUAAUUGUUUUUCAUGCAAAUAAAGAUCCUGC